AUGUCACCACUACUCAAAGACUACUUGCACAGGCGGGUCCUGGUAAUCACAACAGCUGGUGAUUGUAUAGUGGCUACUUUAGAAGGAUUUGAUAAGAAUACGAACGUUGUUAUAAGUGAUGUUGUAGAUAGAUGUACGCUGAGGCCAAUGGCGAUGGCUCAGGCAGUUCGUGGUAGUGAAAUAGUAGCUAUGGGACCUAUAGAUGAUGCACCAACUGGUACUGUUGAUCCACUCAAGGAUACAAAGAAUAAGAUCCCUAAUGAGCAUCUGAUAUGGGAGAAAGUCGGUCAAAGAAAGUUGUAUAGACAUUAA